AUGAGGGCGGUCCAGCACAAGGUGGACUCCAUACGUCGGGCGGCAAGGUUGGCAAACAAGCUGGUGCGUGGUUUCUUGGCCCGCCGGGGAGUGCGAAAGCUGCAGCAGGCCAGGCUCGCUCAGAAGAAGCCAAGCGCCAGGCAGAUCUCGCAGUUCAUCUGGCAAGACAUUAUCCCACAGGGAUGGAAGCUAUUCGUGGAGGGGCAGCUCAUUGCACUGCGGAGUUUCUUCCAGAUGUUUUGA